AUGUCCUCAUCAUCGAAGAUCCACAGCUUGUCAACAAAUUCAUCACACACACCAUCAAUCUCUUUGUAUCGUCAUCGGAUGUAUGCCAAUAAUUGUCCUGAUCUAAAGAGGAAAAGAUAUGGGCCAUAUGCUACCACACCCGUACGAUACUCCUCAUCAUCCGCUGCGACUUCCUCAUCCUCGUUUACCAGACCUUCUGCAACCAGGCUUGAUAUCUCCAGGACACCCAGUCCAGCGGGUCGGAAUGGAUGCUCGAAGUUCCUAAAAACAUCAACACCUAAAUCAUACCCAUCAACACCCAAAUCAUACCCAUGCGAUCUGCAUCCUACUGGGAGGCAUCAACGGACUGGUGAUGAUAUCGAUCCCAUUGAGAUUAAUAAUGAUCGUAAUGGUAAACAGCAGCAAGAGCAAAGAAAAGAUCAGGAUCAUAUUGGCAGUUUAGGUCAGAAAGGAGUUGGAAGCGAUUUCGCUCAGACUCAAGAUUCAUUCGACUCGGAGGAGGGAAAAAACGAUCCUGGUGAUGAAGCUGGCGAUGAUAGUGAUUUGGAUUGUCUUGAUUCUGAUUACGAGGAAGAAAGAAACAUACCUGACAGUCAAAGCCAUUCUCCACUCACAAUGAGCAUGACAACCUCGACGAUCUGCCAACCUGGUCGAGAUGACAUCCAUAAUGGCAUCUCCUCCAGCGAUCUAGAGUUCACACCUGAAAUCGAUGGGAGUACCCCUCCAGCCCCAUGGGAGAUUACGAUACCAAAGAUAGAAGAGAGGCUAUCGUACCUCCGAGCUCGGUGGAAAGUCGAUUUGACUCCCUCAACCAAUGCGAGUUGGGACAAGACGAGCAUGGCGGAAAAUACGAGUACACCGUCACUAUUAGCUCGGAACUCACAUUUCGCGCCGAGUAGCUUCAAAGCUGGCGGAGUGAAUCAACAGAAUCAAGUCGUAUAUGGGGAGGAUACAAACAUUGGCGAGUCUCUUCACAAUGAACUCGACUCGAACACACCCAAGGACAAUCAUCAGACUGAUGAUUCGCAAUCAGACACUGAGAAGAUAAAGAUACGAAUGAUCCGUCACGAAGAAGUCGAGGACGGUGGGAUCUCAUCGAUUCGAUCCUCAUCAAAUAGGCGUGACUCGACUCCUUCAUCCCCAUGUCUAACACCACCAAAUUAUACUCCGCUCUUCGUCAACUACCAAUGCUGGCCGCCAAUUCCUUUGCAGAUGCACACCAAAGGUUUACCAUCAGACUUGAUACAUGAAUUGAUCCACUGGGGCGGACACAGCACCAACAUACCUCUGAAAGCCGAUAUCAUCCUCUUCCAUCGUGAGGGUGAUGACAUCAAACCGUCCACUCCCAGAAAUAGCCAGGAACUGCAGCUUUUCUGCCAAGCGUUCGAAAGGGGUCAGAAAGUAUUAUCGUCACUGUGGGUAGACGAUUCCAUCAAAAUUGGCAAGUUGCAAGAUUGGGGGCCGUACGAGAUAUGGUUGAAUGAGAGCGAUAUACCUAAGAAGAGGGCAGCGGCGAUCAAAGCGAAUGAGAAGAGGACAAUGCAGCAUAUGGCGAUGCAUUCCCUCUUUCACCAAGGGAAUAGGCCCCGUGGAAAAGAUCAGAAGGAUCAAACGAUGAUCCCUCAUCAGGACGAGAAAUCUGAAGUAUUGGACCUGGGAUCGGAAUUAGAGAGUGAUGAAGAGUUUGAUGGUAUUGGCGGAGUAAGGAAAAUCGGUGAAAAGGGCUUGGUCACUUUACAUCAAUUGAAGUUCAGGUCCAAACCUCGAUCUUGA